AGGCAAACGACAAAUCCCACCUGAUUGGUUGGUGUAAGAAAAAUAGACACUUUCUAUGUUUGUUUUUUAGGUGCCUGAUCUGUUAUAUAUAACGACCAAAACGCAGGGUCAGGGUCAAAAACUGACGAAGCAGAGUCAGAAGAAUUGCCCAGAUAAUUGGAGCUAAAAUUAUCAUGAAGACCUCCUUAGUUCUUUUGAUGUUGAUUGGCACAGCUUUUGCCAAAUCAUUAUCUUGGGAAAAUAAAAAAGACAAAUAUGCUCUACCUGAAGGCGCCGAGUUAUUAGUGGGUCCUAUUCGUUCGACAUUCAAAUGUUUUGCAAAUGGUUACUAUGCUGAUACAGAUAAUAACUGUCAGAUCUUCCACAUAUGCUACUCGACGGACACUACUGACGGACGAAGAACCCAAAUGCAGUACAGCUUCCUUUGCGGAAACCAGACUGUUUUCAACCAACUGACUUUCACAUGCACCUACCCUGAAGACGCUGUCCCUUGUAUCCACGCUCAAGACUUCUAUUACCUGAACAGCCACAUUGAGACAGACGACCCAGAGAUCCAUUUCUUGGAUGACCAAGACGUCCAGCGUGCUGCUCCACUAAUUGGGGCUGAAGCCUAUUCCAGGAGGGUAGAGAAACCUGUCUCACAAUACCAGCCAGUCCGAAGGAGGUUUGACUUUGAAAAGUGAAGACUUUUUGAUCGAAUACAGCCUCCAAGAAAUACAACUAUGGAUAUGAUAACACGGUUAAUGUAAAUUUGGAAACCAUCAAUGGACUAUUUGUUCAGGAAAGAUGCUUAUCUUAUGUAAUUUUGUAACAUGUUAAGAUGUUCGUUGAAACACAUACAAUAGUCUUUAAAUAGUCAAGUUUUAUUUUAUUUAAUUUGUAAUAAAUUUGAAUAUUAUAUAAUGAAAUCUUAAUACUGAGAACCAGAUUACAAGCGCACAUGAGAGAGUUAGAUUUCCAAUAAAUAAAAUGUAUCUUUUUUAGUAGAAAUGUCUAUAAAACGAAGUGGAAAACAAUUCUACUUUUGUUUCAUAGACUUUCUUGAUACAAUCUUUUCAGAAAUUAAGAGUCAUAUUCAUAAAUAUUUCUCUUAAUUUUUUUUUUGUUUGUUUGUUUUCAAAAUGUUAAAAAAUUAUUCUUUAACUUAUAUUGAUUGCGUUCAGACAAAAAUAAAUGACUAUAUUAUAGCUAGACUAUAACAUAGUCAUAAAUGAAAUGACUAAUCAUUUAAUUUUUAUAUUUUUCUAAUGCAAUGUUAAGAAAUGAUAUAAGCAAUAAAAACUUAGAUACUUUAUAAAAAAAUACCUGAUCUUCACAAUUUUAUUAAUUUGCAUUUUAAAUUUGAUAAGUCUGAAGAAACAUUGCCCAUAUUUUAUGCAUAUUUCAAUGUAUUCUGUGCCAAAAGUUUUGCUGAUUUGAAUCUGUAAAAAUGUAUGUUAUGUUAUGCUUUUUGUAAUAAAUAAAGCUGCAAGACUCUUG